ACAGGGACAAUGGGUGGAGCCAACGACUCUGCGGUGCCAGAAUUUGUAUCCCUGGGGCUUUCCCACUCCUGGGAGACCCAGCUUCCUCUCUUCCUCUUCUCCUCUGUGUUCCAGGUGGCAAGCCUGAUGCGAGACCUCCUCAUUGUGCUCGCUGCAACCUCUGACCCUCGUUUACAGACCCCCAUGUACCUGUUGGCCAACCUUUCCAUUAUCGACUUAGUAUUUUGCUCUUCCACAGCUCCCAAGAUGAUUUAUGAUCUUUUAAGAAAACACAAAGCCAUCUCUUUUGGGGGCUGUAUAGCUCAGACCUUCUUCAUCCAUGCAGUUGGGGGCACUGAGCUGGCGCUGCUCAUUGCCAUGGCCUUUGACAGAUACCUUGCUGUAUGCAAGCCUCUCCACCACCCAACCAUCAUGAGCCCACGAAGGUGCAUUUUAUUUCUAGUCACAUCCUGGAUUAUUGGCCUUACCCAUUCAGUGACUCAAUGGGCUUUUGUUGUAGACUUGCCUUUCUGUGGCCCUAAUGAAUUAGACAACUUUUUUUGUGACCUUCCUCGAUUUAUCAAACUUGCUUGCGUAGACACUUACACAUUGGAAUUCAUUGUUAUUGCCAAUAGUGGCUUUUCUUCUGUGACAUCCUUUUUAAUUCUUAUCAUAUCUUACAUCUUUAUUAUGGUGACUGUUCAAAAAAAAUCUUCAGGUAGUGUAUCCAAGGCCUUCUCCACUCUGUCAGCUCAUGUCACUGUGGUCGUUUUGUUCUUUGGGCCAUUAAUUUUUUUCUAUGUGUGGCCAUUUCCCACAUCACAUCUGGAUAAAUUCCUUGGCAUCUUUGAUGCAGUUGUCACUACCUUUCUAAAUCCAGUUGUCUAUACUCUUAGAAAUAAAGAGAUGAAGGUGGCAAUGAGGAGACUAUGCACUCAGCUUGUGAAUUACAGUAAAAUCUCCUAA